CUCUCCCUAAACCCUAGCUCCUUUUAUAUAGAUAUGGGCACUCCUCACCACUCUCCUCCUCACUCUGCAUUUCGCCCCUCCUCCCCCAUCUACAUCUCGAUUGCUUUUUGAAGAUCUAGUAAUAUGGGUAAGGAAAAGAUUCAUAUCAGUAUUGUGGUCAUUGGCCAUGUCGACUCUGGGAAGUCAACCACCACCGGACAUCUCAUCUACAAGCUUGGUGGUAUUGACAAGCGUGUCAUUGAGAGGUUUGAGAAGGAAGCUGCUGAGAUGAACAAGAGGUCGUUCAAGUAUGCGUGGGUUCUUGACAAGCUCAAGGCUGAGCGUGAACGUGGUAUCACCAUUGAUAUCGCCCUCUGGAAAUUCGAGACUACCAAGUACUACUGCACCGUCAUUGAUGCUCCUGGACAUCGUGAUUUCAUCAAGAACAUGAUUACUGGGACGUCUCAGGCUGAUUGUGCUGUACUCAUCAUCGAUUCCACCACUGGUGGUUUUGAGGCUGGUAUCUCCAAGGAUGGACAGACCCGUGAGCAUGCUCUUCUUGCUUUUACUCUUGGUGUGAAGCAAAUGAUCUGUUGCUGUAACAAGAUGGAUGCUACCACUCCUAAAUACUCCAAGGCAAGGUAUGAUGAAAUCAUUAAGGAAGUCUCUUCCUACCUGAAGAAGGUUGGUUACAACCCUGAGAAGAUCCCCUUUGUGCCUAUCUCUGGAUUUGAGGGUGACAACAUGAUUGAGAGGUCGACCAACCUUGACUGGUACAAGGGCCCAACUCUUCUAGAGGCUCUUGAUGCUGUCCAGGAGCCCAAGAGGCCCUCAGACAAGCCUCUCCGUCUCCCACUUCAGGAUGUCUACAAGAUUGGUGGUAUUGGAACUGUGCCAGUCGGAAGAGUUGAGACUGGUGUCAUCAAGCCUGGUAUGGUGGUCACCUUCGGACCAACUGGGCUGACCACUGAGGUCAAGUCUGUUGAGAUGCACCACGAGGCUCUCCAGGAAGCUCUCCCAGGUGACAAUGUUGGCUUCAACGUCAAGAACGUUGCUGUCAAGGAUCUCAAGCGUGGUUUUGUUGCAUCAAACUCCAAGGAUGACCCUGCCAAGGAGGCUGCAAACUUCACUUCCCAGGUCAUCAUCAUGAACCACCCUGGUCAGAUAGGAAACGGUUAUGCUCCAGUCCUCGAUUGCCACACUUCACACAUUGCUGUGAAGUUUUCUGAGCUCCUGACCAAGAUUGACAGACGUUCUGGCAAGGAGCUUGAGAAGGAGCCUAAGUUUUUGAAGAAUGGUGAUGCCGGUAUGGUUAAGAUGAUUCCGACCAAGCCCAUGGUUGUGGAGACAUUCUCGCAGUACCCGCCUCUUGGAAGGUUUGCUGUUAGGGACAUGCGUCAGACUGUUGCUGUUGGUGUGAUCAAGAGCGUGGAGAAGAAGGACCCAUCAGGAGCCAAGGUGACCAAGGCUGCAGCCAAGAAGGGUGCCAAGUGAACUACGUUCACUCCCUAUAUCAUCUCUUUCAAGAACCUCUUAUUUAAUGUUGGUCUUAAAACUAUCUGUCUUAUAAUUUCAGUCUUUUGGUAUUUGUCAUGCGAUUUUGUCUCCCAGAAUUGAUUCUGGAUCGCCGAUGGUGUCAUUUAGUUUGACUGCAUAGUAUUUUAUGAUAUUAUAUUUUCGUCA